AGAAAAAGUAGUGAAAAUAAUAUAAUUCUGCAUAUAUGCUAACCAUUAUAUAUCCCAAAAAGAAUCUGAUCUACAAAAUAUUGAAAGGCACGAAAGCAAAAAAUCGAAGUAUCGUCUUGCCAUGGCUGAGGUUGAAAAAAUGACAGCGAGUGCUCCGAGUGACAUACCCAUCUCGUCACCGCACGAAGCUGAUACCGGCGCUGCUGCCAACAAUACAAUUGAGCUGGGAACUUCGCCAACACAGGAGCCAUCGAGCAAUUCACUCCCACACGAUUCGGAAUAUGAUACUGCCAGUGAUCUGGAGGGAGGUGAAGAUUAUGACGAUGACGAAAGCGGUAGUGGAAGCGAAGAUGAGACGGAGACUGAAAGCGAUGAUGAAGAAGAGGAUGGUGUCGGCAGCAGCGGUACUGUGAGUGGCAAUGGCAUGGAACGGGGCGUUGCUGACAGCGAGGCGCAAAAGAAAGUGGACGAAGACCGCAGCAAUCCACAGUAUAUACCAAAACGUGGCACCUUCUAUGAACACGACGACCGCACAGCUGAAGAAGGCGGUGCGGGCCCUGAGGCCGGCACUGAGAGCAGUCAAAUUAAUGUAGAGCCAAAUGGUGGGGAUGCACCAAAUGGAGUUCUUAACAUAGGUGCUGCAACGGUUGGACAAUCGCCAACUAUUUCUCAUGCCUCAAAAACGAUGAAAAAAUGGCAGGCAGCAUCGGGUGGCGAUCGUUGGUCCCAUGACCGUUUUGAAGCCAACGAACAAGCGCCUAAGUCACGCGCCGAACUGUUGCAGACUUACGGCUAUGACAUUCGUAAUGAAGAUGCAGCACCGCGAGCACGCCGUCGUCGGCGCUAUGGACGCGGACCCAGUAAAUACUCAAGAAACUGGGAGGAUGAGCAGGCUUAUCUGAAGGCGAGCAACAAGGAACGCAAGCCACCACGACCACAAGACUUCCCGGCGUUAAAUGAGCACGGCAGCAGCGGCUCGCGCAAGCUACGUCGCCCACGCACGUCCACAUCACGUGAGGAAAAGGAAAACCGCGGCGAACGUCGUGGCACUGCGAGCGGCAGCAAUAACGCAGCAAUAACCAUUAGCUCUGGCCUACCGCCAAAGCUUAAAGAGGCACUCGACCGCGAACGUGACCGCGAGCUUGAGCGCGAACGUGAGCGUGAACGAGAGCGGAUUCCGAGCGAGCGGGAUCGCGAUGGAAAGAAUCGUAACUAUGGACGUGCAAAUGGUGGCCAAGGCUCUAGUAGUCGCCAGAACGCCAUGGAUUUUAAGCAAAAAUCAAAUCGCGGGCCACAACGUGAGCAACGGGACUAUGGGGAGCGUGAGCAACGUCCUGAGCGGGAUUAUCAUCAAAAGUCAUCGGCAAACAGAUCAAAUGGUCCGCAAAAGCAACACAACCAUGAUGUGGGUAGAGACCAAGCGCAGCAUUCGCAUCAGCAGCAACGUCAGCUACCACAGGAGCAACAACAGCCGCAGCAGCAACAACAACAUCAACAAGCGACAACACAGCAAAAGCAACCACAGGCAACAAUAAUCACAUCUAAUCUUUCACAGCGCUUACAGCAGGUGCAACAACGUAACGAUCCUAGUCAUGUGGGCAGCGUACAGAUGCACUCGCUUGCCGCGCAGAAUCAACAGCAGCAGCAACAGCAGUUGCAUCUGCAACAACAACAGCAACCGCCACAGGAGCAGCGCAACGGACCCAAGCGUUACUCCAGCUUGCGACGCACACAGCACGAAGCUACGCAAACACAACAGCACCUAGCAGAGCAGCAGCAACAACAGCAACAAUUGCAACAACAAUUGCAGCUGCAACAGCAACAACAACAGCAGCCGCCGCCGCCGCCACAACAGAUUAUAAUGCAAGAUCCACACGUGCUCAUGCAAAUUGCCUAUCAGCAGCAGGAGUUGCAAGCUCAACUGCAGAAUUUACAGCUCGCUGGUACGGCAGCAACAGCAGCUCCACCACAAGCCAAACCACAUGCACCCACAGCGGCAGCUUAUCCACAGGUGCAAGCGGCGCCUUAUUAUGUAACUCCAGGCGAGCCGGUGCCAGUGCCCGUGCCCGUAUCCGUCUCAGUGCCAGUGGCACAAACAUCAUAUGUGAAUCCAGCUAGUGCCGGCUAUUUGCCACCGACGCCAGCAGCUGUAGCCUAUGCCCAGGCGCAGUCACCGCAGCCAGCACCAGCGGCGCCGCAGCCAACUACACAAGCCGCCCAGGCGCCGCCGCCGUCCAUUAACUAUCACCAGAACUACAAUACGGUUGGCGGCACCACAUACUUUGUGCCACCGGUUCAGGCACCCACCAGACCAGCUGUGCUGCCACAGCGUCGCCCAACAAACGCGAUACCUAUACUGCCGCCCUCUGAGAAGCAUAAGACGCGUAAUGCCAAUUCAAAGGCCGACUCGGAGCCACCCAGCGGCAGUGCGGACAACAUUGAUCAUAUUAUUGAUAACAUGUUUGUGCAGCGUCCGGCCUUUCAGCCGCCUGGUGAGCCAACCGAGGAUGUGGCCGGUGCUCAGAAUACAGCUGUAGUAGCUGAUCUGAAUCAUCAAGCGGUCGCAGUGCCUGGGCAGGAAUGAGUGCAGCUUUAUGCCAACGCCCGCCAGCAGCUACAGCAACAACAACAACAUGGACGCUAUCCCAUGUCUAGUGGCUACGCUAUGCUGCCGUCGCACGUUGGCUACUAUCACGCUCACUAAAGCGCUCACUCACUCACUUCAGCCGUUUCUUUAUCAAUCGAGGAGAGUCUGUGACUUUUCUCUGCAAAUCUUUUAUUUUUAUUCAUUUUGUAUCCAUGGCUUGUUGCGCACAUGGAGCUUUAAGCCGUAGUUACCACAACUGUAAUUAGCAGUAUGUAAUCGAACUUUUUAACAAAUACUCCACACAGAGUUCAGCAUAAACUAUAACUCUCUAUCUAAUAUAUAUAAACAAGUACGUACUUUAGUAAUAGAGCAAACAAGCGAGCAGCUCGAUCAGCUUAGUAUCCGAUGUGACGUGAAGUUAAUUGAAAUCGCAGCCUAAACUUGAUGGCGCUUAUCAAAGUAUAUAGAAUUGUAUAGCAUUUUGAAACUGAUUGAUUAAUCGUGAAUUGUAAUUAAUUAAUUUGACAUUGAAUUUAAAUAAAUCGUUAUAACGCUACAAAAGUGUGUUGGUAUAUUCAUUCUUAAACUGAUAUACGACGUUAAAUUAUGAAACUAUGAAAGAGUUUAUAA